GAGUUCGCAGUAAGAGCAGACCACUCGGAGCUCUGAGGCCACCAUAUAGGCUCAUCAGGAGGCAGUGUGGCGGCGGCGUGGAGCUUGGAGUCCCGUGUCUGGAAGUGGAUCACCUCUGCUGCGGUGUCGUGACAACAGUCCCUUCCUGUACGAAUGAUCGCCAAUGGGGACGAUAUGGCCUAUACGGAGGCAAGCAGUGGGGUGCAGGGCUGAGACAAUAACAGUUUGGGAGACUGAAUUCAUAAAUCUCUGAGGCACCUGGUCUGCCUGAGCCCAUGGUGUGCACCUGCUGGGAUGAACCAGUGACCUUUCCAAAGAGCAAAGCGUUUGACCUGACCACGCCCACACAGGAUGUCGUGGGCCAGAGGCGUCUUUGUAGGCAGAGUAGAUGAGCCAAAGACCGCGUGGGGAGAGCGCAAUGGCAAAAAGAAGAAAGACAAGUCCUCCCUGUGCGGUUCACGCUACAUGAGCUGCCUAAGGGACCCUGAGGACUUGGAUCCCCCUAAUGUGGCCCCUCAGCAUUACCACAGCCGAGCUGGCCCAAGCGGGGGACACUUCGGCCUGCGCUGUGGAUGGCAAGAGGACCAUUACGGGAAAAGGAUGGGCGAUGGCGUUGACCUGGGCCUAAAGGCUGUGGACUUGGGCUUUGACGACGGCGAACUGAAGGGCAGAAAAGAGGAUGAAUUUGGGGAGGUGGCAGAGGGAAGGUGCAAAAAGAUGAGCGCAGCAGACUGUUGGGUGCACGUCAUGUGGGUUUUUCAAUCCAAGAAGUUCCAGUCGGCUAAACUUGAGCGUCUAUACCAGCGAUACUUCUUCAGACUCAACCAGAGCUCUCUGACUAUGCUGAUGGGUGUUCUGGUCGUGGUGUGUGGGGUCAUGCUGGCCUUUCACUGCAUUCAGCGGGGCCCGAAUGUGGCCUACGUCUCAGUACUCUCCGUUGCCAUGGUGCUCUUUCUUGCCAUGAUGGUGGUGUGCAACCGCAACGGCUUCCACCAGGACUACAUGUGGAUCGUGAGCUACCUGGUGAUCGGGGUGCUCAUUAUUGUGCAGGUUUUUGGGCUGCUGAUGGUGGACCCUCGUAGUGCCUCGGAGGGCAUUUGGUGGACAGUCUUCUUUAUCUACAUCAUCUACACUCUGCUGCCUGUCCGAAUGAGAGCUGCUGUACUCAGUGGAGUUGUGUUGUCCACGAUACACAUCAUUACCGCCUGGCAACUCAAUCAAGAGGACAAAUUCAUUGUCACACAGAUAACAGCCAACGUUGUCAUCUUCAUUUGCACUAACAUGAUCGGGGUCUGUACCCACUACCCCGCUGAGGUCUCCCAGAGACAAGCCUUCCAGGAGACCAGAGGCUAUAUUCAGGCCAGAAUUCACCUGCAGAGGGAAAACCAGCAGCAGGAGCGCCUACUACUGUCAGUGCUGCCAAGGCAUGUUGCCAUGGAGAUGAAGGCUGAUAUCAAUGCCAAGAAGGAAGAUAUGAUGUUCCACAAGAUCUACAUCCAAAAACAUGACAAUGUUAGCAUAUUGUUUGCAGACAUCGAGGGCUUCACCAGCCUGGCGUCUCAGUGCACAGCCCAGGAGCUGGUCAUGACGCUCAAUGAGCUGUUCGCCCGCUUCGAUAAGCUUGCCUCGGAGAACCACUGCCUACGCAUCAAAAUCCUGGGGGACUGCUACUACUGUGUGUCCGGGCUGCCCGAGCCCCGGGCCGACCACGCCCACUGUUGCGUGGAGAUGGGAGUGGACAUGAUUGAAGCUAUUUCACUGGUGAGAGAGGUGACGGGAGUCAAUGUCAACAUGCGGGUGGGCAUCCACAGCGGGCGUGUUCACUGCGGCGUGCUGGGCCUGCGCAAGUGGCAGUUUGACGUCUGGUCCAACGACGUGACUCUCGCCAACCAAAUGGAGGCCGGCGGGAAGGCCGGGCGCAUCCACAUCACCAAAGCAACUCUACAGUAUCUAAGCGAGGACUAUGAGGUAGAGCCAGGAUUCGGAGGGGAGCGAAAUGCUUACUUGAAGGAUAAUAACAUUGAAACGUUUCUGGUGUUGGGGUGCAGCCAAAAGAGGAAAGAGGAGAAAGCCAUGAUGGCUAAAAUGCAGCGAGCCCGUGCAAAUUCUGCAGAGGGCUUGAUGCCACGCUGGGUGCCUGAUAGAUCCUUCUCCAGAACCAAGGAGUCCAAAGUCUUCAGGCAGAUGGGCAUCGAUGAAGCAUCCAGCAAGGACAACCGCUGCAUUCAGGAGGCCUUGAACCCUGAAGAUGAGGUGGACGAGUUCCUUGGAAGGGCCAUCGACGCCCGCAGCAUCGACCAGCUGCGGAAGGACCACGUCAAAAGGUUCCUGCUCACUUUUCAAACUGCUGACCUCGAGAAAAAGUACUCCAAAAAGGUUGAUGAUGGCUUUGGAGGUUACGUGGGCUGCACACUCCUCGUUUUCUUUUGCAUCUGUGCCAUUCAGAUGAUUGUUUUCACUAUAACGCCCCUUAUGCUUGGUCUGUACAUCAGCAUCUUCAUCCUCCUCACCAACAUCCUCUUCAUCUGCUCCAUCUACUCCUGCAUCAAACUCUUCCCAGCCACCUUGCAGACGGUAACCAAGAAAAUAGUUCAGUCUCGUGCCAACAGCACACUGGUGGGCGUCUUCACCAUCCUCCUCCUCUUCAUCGCUUCCUUCGCUAACAUGUUUACCUGCAGCAGAGGCCAGCUGGAGGAGUGUGUGGCCGACAAGCUGAACACGCCAGUGACACUAUGUCUGCUGCACAACCUGACCAAGACAGCAAAGGAUGGCUUAACUCUGUGUUCCAGCCAGGUCACACCCUGCCAUUUCCCAGAGUAUUUCAGCUACAGUGUCCUACUGACCCUGCUGGCCUGCUCCGUUUUCCUCCACAUCAGCAGCAUAGGGAAGUUGGCGCUGAUGCUACUCAUCCAGUUCAUUUUCCUCCUGCUGGUGGAGUGGCCUCAAGUGUUCCUGUUUGACAACGCUGACCUGCUGGUCAAAGCUAACACGCUGCUGGGUUUUAAUGCAACUGCAGAACAGUGCCUGGCGAGCGUGACCAAAGUACCCCUGAAGGUCAUGACCCCUGUAAUCCUGACUGUGUUUGUUCUGGCUUUAUACCUGCACGGCCAGCAGGUGGAGUCCACUGCGCGUCUGGACUUCCUGUGGAAGCUUCAAGCUACAGAGGAGAAGGAGGAGAUGGAGGAGCUGCAGGCCUACAACCGCCGCCUGCUCCACAACAUACUACCCAAAGAUGUCGCCGCCCACUUUCUCGCCAGAGAGCGCCGCAACGACGAGCUGUACUACCAGUCGUGCGAAUGUGUCGCCGUCAUGUUUGCCUCCAUCUGCAACUUCUCCGAGUUCUACGUGGAGCUGGAGGGCAACAACGAGGGAGUGGAGUGUCUCAGGCUGCUCAAUGAGAUCAUCGCCGAUUUUGAUGAGAUCAUCAGUGAGGAAAGAUUCCGUCAGCUAGAGAAAAUCAAAACCAUCGGUUCUACUUAUAUGGUUGCCUCUGGCCUCAACGUCUCCACCUACGACAGAGAAGGUCGCUCGCACAUCCUGGCCCUGGCCGACUACGCCAUGAGGCUUAGGGAGCAGAUGAAGUACAUCAACGAGCACUCCUUCAACAACUUCCAGAUGAAAAUAGGUCUGAACAUGGGACCGGUGGUGGCAGGGGUGAUUGGAGCCAGGAAGCCCCAGUAUGAUAUUUGGGGGAACACAGUCAAUGUAGCCAGUCGAAUGGACAGCACAGGAGUAGCAGACUACAUACAGGUGACCACGGACCUGUACCACGUGCUGGCCAACAACGGCUACAAGCUGGACUGUAGAGGACUCGUAAAAGUAAAGGGGAAGGGCGAAAUGACCACUUACUUCCUUACCAGCGGCCCCCAGAGCCUUUAACCAGCCAGGCCAGACCACAACGCCCCCCAUGCCCUCCCCCAACCCUCCCCCUCCAUAGGGUUGACCCACUCUGCACUGAUGCACGGUGCGAACACACUGAAGAUGGACGCCGCGUGUGUGUGUGUAAAGGCUUUUUUUUGCACAAGCGACCACAAAGCCCUGUUGCCUUAGGAUGGGAGUAUGCUUGUGUUUAUGAGCAAUAGUACAAGUGUUUCUCUUCUGGACGCCGUUAUUUAUUUUUGUGCAGAUGGAUAAGCUACAUGAAGAAAUUGGGAGUAUAUGCAAGGACCGAUUAAUGAAGAAUGAACACGACCAAAGAACAACUGUCCCGAGUACGUUCGUUUAGUUGUCAUCGCCAAGGCCACGGUCGUAAAAAAAGUCAGUGUCGCCGAUGGGGACAAACACAUGUUGCUGUGGACUCAAUCAGGAAGGGGAAUACCACACACACAAACACACACAAACAAACACACACACACACACACACACAGGCGCCGAUCCAGUGGGUGCUUCGGAGCCCGAGCACCCACGUGGGAUUGAUGGCUACUUUCAAUCCUUAAAAUCAUUUUUGAAAAAUCAAUCUUGUUGUAGUUAAUUUUGUGGCGAGUUUGGGUCAUUUUUACAAAGUACAGACCCUGUUUCCAUGGGAGUUGGGAGAUUGUGUUAGUUGUAAAUAUAAACGGAAUACAAUGAUUUGCAAAUCAUUUUCAACCUAUAUUCAGUUGAAAAUGAUUUGCAAAUCAUUUUCAACCUAUAUUCAGUUGAAUAUGCUACAAAGACAACAUGUUUGAUGUUCAAACUGAUAAAACUUUUUUUUUUUGAUACCAGCAACACGUGACAGAGAAGUUGGGAAAGAUGGCAAUAAAUACUGAUAAAGUUUAGGAAUGCUCAUCAAACACUUAUUUGGAACAUCCCACAGGUGUGCAGGCUAAUUGGGAACAGGUGGGUGCCAUGACUGGGUAUAAAAACAGAGUGCGGGUACUUUCCUGGCCCGCCCGCAGUCCAGACCUGUCUCCCAUCGAAAAUGUGUGGCACAUUAUGAAGCGUAAAAUACAACAGCGGAGACCCCAGACUGUUGAACGGCUGAAGAUCUACAUAAAACAAGAAUGGGAAAGAAUUCCACUUUCAAAGCUUCAACAAUUAGUUUCCUCAGUUCCCAAACGUUUAUUGAGUGUUGUUUAAAGAAAAGGCAGUGGUGAACAUGCCUUUUCCCAACUACUUUGGCACGUGUUGCAGCCACGAAAUUCUAAGUUAAUUAUUAUUUGCAAAAAAAAAAAUAAAGUUUAUGAGUUUGAACAUCAAAUUUCUUGUCUUUGUAGUGCAUUCAACUGAAUAUGGGUUGAACAGGAUUUGCAAAUCAUUGUAUUCCGUUUAUAUUUACAUCUAACACAAUUUCCCAACUCAUAUGGAAACGGGGUUUGUAAUAAAGCCACAAAUCGUAUGGAGUAUUAAGUUCGCUGAACGUCUAUUUAUUUUUUAUUUUUUUAAUACACACACACCGUGCACCCACUGGCAGAAAUGUAGGUCGGCGCCUAUGCACGCGCACACAGACACACACACACACACAUUCAUAGGCAAGAAAUAAGAACAACAAACAACAUGCGUGUGUGCUUUCACAGCCCUGUCUUUGUUUCCUGCAGCCUGUGAUUGUCCACAGUCCACACACCACGAGGCUGCUUGUGGUUCAAACCUUCUAUUGAUUUGCUUCGAGUCAGAGAAAGAUGACUUGAAGCAAAGGAGAAGCAGUCAUACGUGUGUCACGGUACUGAUAAAAAAAACUGUUUUUUGAAACAUUUUGUAGUCAUGGAUGUGAGUAUUAUGCGUGUGUGUGUGUGUGUAUGUGCGUGCGUGUGGCAGGAUGCUGAACUUUUCCUCUAAAAAGGGGACAUACUGUAACUUUUCACUGUGAGGGUUUUUGAUGCGGGACACAACAUGGCUUUCUUGUCCAACUGUUUGCUGCGAGGCAUGUUUUAUAUUCAUCUCCGCCGAUCCUGACUUCUGGUGAUUUUUACUGGACGCUCACGCCAUUCCAAGCAAAAAUGUUCAAAAGUAUAUUUUUUAAAACAGACUCUGCCUGCUCACAUGUAUCGCCUUGAUGUCAUGUGCUUGCAAGGUCCUUCUUUUUAUUGAAUCGAGACUUGCUUUUUUUUUUCCAUUUGAAGGGGUCUUAAACACCCUCAAAAGAGUCCAAUGAAUGUAUGUAAUAAAAUCAACAGUAUUUCCACUUUGCUACUGAGAGAUCAAAAGAGGUCAAACCGGUUGGACUUCUUCUUUGCCGCAAAUUAUUUUAAAGUGUUUAUGAGCUCACAUUUCAUAAUAUUUCUGCCUUAAGAGGUGACGAGCUUCUACAUCAUUCUCUGAAAUAAAAGGUCAACCGACUGAUACACCCCCCCCAAUAGGAACGCCUUGAUGUUUAAUUUGUUUUCUGUUGAUGCACUUCAACAGUACAACUGUAUUUUACAAAACAAUAAUAAAAGCAAAAAAGACCAUG